AUGCAAGGAGCGGAGGAAGGCUCGCUUGGGUUCGGUAUGAAGGCUGCCACGGGCCCCAGGGCCUUUGAAGUGGAAGAGUCACCGAGAAUGGUGCGGAAACGCAAUACGAAAAAUCUGUUUUUGAGCAUCGAUAACUCACCCAAACAAAGGAUUGAGGCGCUGGACGCCUCAUGCGAGCUUACCAAUGAAAAUGAGGAACGACUGCGAAAAUCUCAGGAGCCCCGGGCCCCAGAAAGACGGCAACAUGCCGCCAGCGAUGCUCACAUAUUCUCCGUAUCUAAUGUGCUGAACGGCACGACGACGGCUGGUAAAGAAUCCAAAAUGGUCACAAACCGCUUGAAAAGAGGCAUGUCUCUGCCCCCACAGCUCAAGACUCGUUUCAUAGGGGUGCAGGGUGACCUGGCUUCGUCAUCGUCACCUAUAGCGACUCAGAGUUUGUCUUUGAGAUCUGAAGACGCGGUGCUGCAAAAUAGUGGUUUGCGUACGUGCCAUCGAGCCACGCGAUCUGUAUCUACGGUUAUGGAGGAGGAAGGCUGCAGCCUGAAAAAUGCAUACCCAGAUGGACCAUUGCUGGUUUAUGGUUCAUAUUUGUAUUUGUGCUCUGAGCCGUCUAUAACAGACCUCGAAGAUUUCGACGUGACGCUGAACGUUGCCCAGGAGGUUCCAGACCUCCGAUCGCUACUGCCUUUUGCCAAACAGAAAGAUUAUCACCACAUACCCUGGUCCCACACCUCGAAAACUUGUUCUGACCUGCCGCAACUAACACAGAUUAUACAUGAGGCUAUAGAGACCAAACGGAAGGUGCUGGUGCAUUGCCAAUGUGGCGUGUCUCGUUCUGCGUCGCUGAUCGUAGCGUACAUUAUGCGUUACGAGGAUCUCACCCUUCAUGACGCCUAUAACAAACUCAAGUCUGUGGCCAAAGACAUAAGCCCGAACAUGAGUUUGAUUUUUCAGCUUAUGGAGUGGCGCGAGGUUCUGAGCGCCCCUCACGUACAGCCUAUCAGUAUACUAGGAGCGGAGGGAGCGGCUCGUCCAAAGACUGCCAACCCGGUGUUUUCAGACCACCAAGAUGAGAAUGCGCACGACUCAACCAAAAUCACCCCCACGAGUCCCGACUGCUCUAAUCUUUCAACUGAAAAUACACCUUGCACUCCAAACGACUUUUUCGACUGCGACCGAGUGUCUUCUCACUCGUCCGUCAACGUUGAGGAUUCAGGCUCUAAUACACUAUUUUUGUCAGCUCCGAUGUCCGACUCUACACGCUACGCAUCAAUGUUUGAAACUUAUGCGUCCCCUCAUGUUGAAAUUGGAAACAAACAUCGCAGCGGCUGGUGCUGA